AUGGCAUCAAGUGAAAACAAUAGUGAUGAUGGUGGACACAAUGUGUUUUCAGGCUUUUCAAGCUCGAACGGUAGCGCCCCGGAGUACGAACAUCUGAUGCAGUUCGAGUAUCUCAAGACCAAGUACCGGGAUGUGGUAUCCCAGCUGAAGACGGUUUCGAACGAAAAGCAACGCUUGGAACAUGAUUUUCAGCUGCUGAAGAAAGAGCUUGAAGGAAAGGGUGAUUUUUUCAACAGUUAUCACGAGUACAGCGGGUUGAAACAGAAGUACGAUACGUUGCGCCAUCGGUAUGAGGAAAUUACGAAAGAUCCAGCACACUGCAUAAAGUUGUGUGAGGAAUUGAAGAAAGAGCGCAACAAGUACAAGGAAUUAUUGAAGGCGACGGAACUGGAACUCGAAACCGUCCUAUCGGAGCGGGGCAGUGUGCUCAAGGAAAACCAAAAGCUUUACGAUAAGAAUGAAGCCCUCGAACGGGAAGUGCAGGGCAAGCUGAAGGAAAUGGUUGCGUUGAAAGAGAAAAUCGAGCUACUAAAAACACGCCAAGAGUAUCAACAACUUUCGAACGAAAGUAGCUGGAACAAGGAAUUGUCCGACAGCAAAGAUAAGUUCAGUAUUGUUUCGGAAAAUUUGGAAACUGCCAACCAGGAGAUCGAACGUCUAAAAAAAGCGCUUGACAAGGCAAAGGCCGAGAUAGCGAAAGCGAUCCACGACACCGAGGUGGCCAAGCAACGGCGGGAUUGGGCAAUAUCGGAACGGGAAAAGAUUGUACAAGAGCGUGACAGUGUGCGCAAUCUAUGCGAUGAAAUCCGCAAAGAGCGGGACACAGCCACGUCGAAGCUGCUGGCAGCGAUACGUGAUAAGGACGAUGCGCACAAAAAGAUCGAGCUGCUUACCGAUCAGCUGGAGCAGAUGACACGCGACAGUAUUAACAAUAAUGCCGGUUCCAGCGGCCAAACUCCGUCCUCCAACCUGCCGGGCGGCAAUCAGUCGCAAGCGAACGGAGCUGGUACGGGUACGCCAACAACGCCAAACGCGUCGUUGGUGUCGAUGAACAAUAGUAAUAGUCAUCGCAAUUCGCACUAUAGCAGCUUUAGCUCGAUCUACAACUUGGAAUCACUGCAGCAGUAUGACGUGGAGAUGGUCGAAAUCGAUACCUCGCCGUUGUUGAGCAAUUCGUCUGACUGGGGUCUCACGAUCAGUGGCGAUCUCGAUCACAGCUAUGGUAGCGAUCAUAGCAACACGAAGAAUCUCUGCGGUCCGUACGUGGCUGCCGUGGAGCACGACUCGAUCUUUGCCGGCAAACUGAAACCGAACGAUAUCAUAUGCCAAAUAAACAACCACGACUGCAGCACUUUCUCGCGGCGCAUGAUCUACCGCACGAUUCGGAACAGUGUACCACAGUGCAUCAUUACGGUGAAGCGGCCAACGAAGCGAUUGCUUCCAGUUCAGAUCCCCUUUACGAGCACGAAUCGGAACCAUGGGCUGUGUCUCGAGCUGGGGCUAUACAUAGCGAAACUGGAGCCGAAUUCAAUCGCCGCCAAGGAUAGUCGAUUGGCGGUGGGAGAUCGAAUAUUGUCGAUCAACAACAAACCGAUGGAGAGCAUCAAGAACAUUAACGAUGUACACGCUUACAUUAACGAUAUGCGUAACAGCAGCUUGAAUCUGAUCGUUAUCAAGGAAAUGCUGGAAAGUCAUCCGAGCUACGCUAGCUUCUACCAGCCACGGUUGAAACACAUCCGCAACACUACGAGCUGCACACAGACGGACAAUUCACUGUCCACGUUCGGCAGCCAGCACACCACCAAUACGAGUAGUGUGAACACAAGCGCAAAUGCGAUGACGAUGAUGAACCAUAGGUUGAGCCUAGAGUUUGACAAUAACAAUCACUUCCUACCGUCGGCGAUGCCUUCCUCGUCGUACCAACCUUCCUCGAGCACGCCGAACUCCGUUGCUGCCAGUACGCCAUCGUCCACGAAAUCGGCCUCAAAGUUAACGGAGUUUAUACAGAAAAUUAAAGACAAGAUGGCAAUCAGUAACCACAGCAAGGAGGCUGGUGGUGCCGGUGGUAGCCAAGAGCACGAUGCGAUCGCAGCCCUUGACUCUGUGCUGGAUAGUGAUGAACAGUCGAGGGAUGGGAAACGUUCCAAGCGCCGUAACAAAAACGAUCCACAUAAUCAGUCGGACGUUCCGCGCGGUACGUGGCCAAGGGUGAACAUGACGAUCCACAUCAACGAGACGCACCCGGGCACGAUAGUGCAGAAGAAAAAGAUAAGACCCCAGUUGACUAUUCCGCGAGGAGGUGAUCUGGACAAUAACAACUACUUUGCUGCCGUCAUGAAUGAAGCCAACACUAUACCUACCAGCUUUCAGCCGGAUAAGAUCACUGGUGGGCCAAUGUCGCCACAGGGAAUGCCGGGUAGUGGAGGAUCGAGUGGUGUUGGUGGUGGUGGUGGAGGUGUUGUAGGUCCCGGUGGUGGCAUGACUCCUUCUGGUGGUGUUUCUAACAGCGGACAGGGAACGCUCCCUAGUUCGAGCAAACGCAAUUCAAAUCCCGUAAUGCCCAUGGAUAUACAACGACUGCUUGCACUGAAGUAUGGAGAUGCGACAGCGGCUGGAAUGGUUGGUGGAAACGUAGGUAACUCACCCGCAACUGGUACGAUGGGAAAAUCUCACACCGGUGGUGCACCAUUUCCGCGAUCUUCGACGUACGACGAUCGGCACCACGAUGGUGGUGGAUUAAAUUUAAACAAACAUCGUUUUAGCCUGAACCUUUCGGCGAUGAGCAAACAACCGUUGCAGCAACAGCAGCAGUUAAUGUUACCGCCACACCAGCAACAAAACUCGCUCGAUUUCAUUCCAAUCCCAACUUCCUCCUCUUCGCAAAAGAGUAACCAUUCGAUCGAUUCUGCCAGUGCGUCGCAUUCGCUGUCGAAAAGUCCGCCAGUUUAUUAUCCGGGCGCGGCCGGAACGCUCGGCAUACCUACGUCGAAAACGACCGAAUUUUUCAUGACCUCAAAGAUUACGAAAUCGUUGUCGAAAUACUCGAGCGAUAAUGAAAGCAUCGACACGGAAACACUCUCCCUCGGGGGGAUGCACGGUGGCGGUGGUGGUCCGUCGAUGGGCGGAAUGUCAACGAACAUGGGUCCAACAAGUAGCGGAGGUAUGCAGGGCAUCGUUGGCGGCGGCGGUGGUGGUGGUGGUGGUGGUCCCGGUAACACUAAUACCCUGCCACUGUCUCACAUGCGCAAGCAGUUGAUGGGAACUGGUGGUACUGGAGGUGGUUCGUCAUCAAGUCGCAGUGGCCACACCCUACAUCCAGCGGCAACAGCCGGUUACGGUGCAACCAUAUUUCCCGGUUCGUAUCCACAUCCCUUUAUGCGCAACCAUCAUCAGCCAGGAGGGAACAGUGGCGGCGGAGGAGGUGGUGGUGCUAACGACCACAUGAUGGCGUUUCAAUCGGGCAGUGGAGGAAAUGGAGCAACGGGACCGGCCGCAAUCGGACAUCACUCGCACGGCGCUUCCAUGGACUAUUCCUACCGAUACAGUCAGAUCCAAUCGUCCAAGGAGGAUGUUCCCAUAUCCGGAUACACCGGUGGCUACGAAGGUGGCACAUUCCCGCGGAACAAAAGUCACCCAACGAGCAAUAGCAACCAUCAUCACCAUCACCACCAUCAUCACCACCAGGGAGGCUUUCGCAUACCUUCGAACCAGAGUGUAACGAGUCGCGGGAGCGGCAUCAAGAUAAGCAACGGUUCUAUUGAUUGUAGCAGCUCGGAACGUGCCUCACCGAUUCCAACGUUCGAGGUACAAGUGUUGAAACCGGGUCACGUCCCGUCCGGAGGUGGCGGUUCCGGUUCGAACAAGCGGAGCUCUCUCCAAGAUUACGGACAAUCCAAACCAAACGUGGGCGAACUUCGACUGGUGCAGAUCGAUAAAAGCGAAAUGUCGUUAGGGAUAAAAAUUUUCUGCCGACGUAACGGAGGUGGAGUGUUCGUGUCUAACGUGGGAGAAAAUAGUCUGGCCAGCAAGGUCGGUUUGCAUAUCGGCGAUCAACUGUUGGAAGUGUGUGGUAUAAAUCUGCGCAAAGCAACGUACGAAUUGGCGGCACACGUGCUCCGACAGUGUGGUAACUCUAUUACCAUGCUUGUGCUCUACAAUCCGGUUGUGUACAGCAACCUGACCACAAGCGAAGACAAUCUUGCACGAUCGGGUUCACCGACACCGCAGAACUCCCCACGCUCCAUGGGGCGUUCGUUAAUUUCAGCGGUAAAUACGGCGGCCGUCAAUUCUAUGACUGCUACGAUGACCACCGCGAAAACGUCAUCACUCGUUAAGGCGCAAGAGUUUAGCGAUAGUCUUGAGCAUCAAACGCAACUGCACGACGACGAGGAAGAUGGUUCCGUAGCCGUAGGUAGUUCCGGUGUGCCUGGCCAAGGUAACCUGUACAAAGAACAACCGCGAGAGAUUUACAUCGAAACGCGUAAAACCUCCAACCUGGGAAUUACGUUGGUUGGGGGUAAUGCAUAUGGUAUCUUUGUCCACGGCGUCCAGAAGGACUCGAUCGCUGACCAGGCAGGAUUGCUAGUGGGCGAUCAGAUACUGGAGUUUAACGGUACGGAUAUGCGUCGUUCCACGGCGGAGCAUGCAGCACUUGAGAUUGCGAAACCGGCCGAUCAUGUGAAGGUGCUCGUAUUGUUCAACAUUCAAAAGUUCAAUCAAAUCAAAGAUAAACCGGGCGAUGCACUGUACAUCCGGGUCGGAUUUGAUCGUAAUUGCGAUCAAGGGGAUUCGGAGCUAUCGUUUACGAAAGACGAGGUGCUGUUCGUCGACAAUACCAUGUUCGGUGGCGUUCCGGGUAAAUGGCGCGCUUGGAAGCUAGACGAAUACGGCCACAAGAGGCAAUGCGGUAUCAUUCCCAACAAGCUGAAAGUCGAAGAAGAACUACGACUGCUUGGAGACCCGGGUGAUGUAGAUACGACGGCACGACGAGGUUCAACUUCAGCUCGAAGAUCGUUCUUCAAACGUAUCAAACCACAGCGGAGCUCGUCUCGCGAUUCAAAGGAAUUGGCCAGCUUCAGCAAUACGCACCUGAGCCUGUAUCUCGAUUCGGGGUCAUUAAGUGACGAUGGAUUAAGCAGCUACCAGCGCGUAGAACGGUUGGAAUACACUUACCGACCCGUGAUAAUAUUGGGGCCACUGUCCGAAUUUGUCAUCGAUAAGUUAUGCGUGGAUUUCCCAGAAGACUUUGCCGUCCUGCAGGAAAGUCAAAAGAAAUGUACCAAGGACGAAAUGGAGCUAGCGAUACAAAACAAUACGAUCGCGGACUAUAAACUGCGCAGCAAUGGCAUAUUUGAGUAUACGAGCAUGCAAGCCGUCCGGGACAAUAAGCAAUGUCACUGCAUACUGAACGUAAGCAUGGCGGCAGUAGAACGAUUACAGCGCGCACAAAUAUAUCCGGUCGUGUUGCUAUUGCGCUUCAAAUCGGCCAAACAAAUCAAGGAAAUCAAAGACUCGCGCUAUUCCACCGACAAAAUCUCGGCCAAAGCGGCGAAGGAAAUGUACGAGCAUACACUCAAGAUGGAAUCGGAAUAUCGACAGUUUAUAUCUGUUGUUAUUUCGGGAGUGAAUAUUACACACAUGUGUACGCAGAUAAAGGCAGCCGUGGAUAGCGAGCAGAAGAAAAUUCUUUGGGUGUCGAUACCGUCUCCGUUGUGA